GCUGUUGUCCACGGCAACUCACGAUGUCCCUCCAAUCACAGCUCUCUGGUUCCCUGUGAGGUGGCCUGGGCGGGAGAGUCCCUCCAGGAUUUAUCUUCUAUUAGGGUUCUAUCGCUGAUCCCUCCAGGAGCUCCAGGGAUCAAGGUGCUGGGCUGUGUCAUGCAGUACUGUGCAGAGCUACUCCUCCAGGAUCAAGGUGCUGGGCUUUGCCGUGCAGUACUGUGCAGAGCUACUCCAGGAUCAAGGUGCUGGGCUGUGCCGUGCAGUACUGUGCAGAGCUACUCCAGGAUCAAGGUGCUGGGCUGUGCCGUGCAGUACUGCGCAGAGCUACUCCUCCAGGAUCAAGGUGCUGGGCUGUGCCUUGCAGUGCUGCGCAGAGCUACUCCUCCAGGA